UAUCGGUGUAGAGGUGUACGGAGCAGACAGAGUGUUUCGUAGUCGCCUGAGUAAACAUGAUCUCGUGUACUUGUUUUUCCUCGACGGAAAAAAGGAUUUCGUAGUUGGAAGCUGAUGUUACAAGAGGCCUUCGAAGGGAGGAAGGAUGCCAAAGAUCUGGGGGAUCCUCGUACUCUCCUUGGAACUAGCAGUGAUCAACGUCGCCCCAUGUCGAAUCAACGAAUACGAGUGCUCGAACAAGCAAUGCAUAACAACAAAUAAGUUCUGCAACGGCAUCCCAGACUGUGCCGAUCGCAGCGAUGAGUUUCCGAAUUGCUCUCCCUGUAACACAACAUACUACGGGGAGAUCGGCUAUACAUAUGAAUUGGAAAUUAAAAGGCCCUCAGAGAAGCAAAUGCCCUUUUUAUGUUUCUUGAAUUUCACGGCAGCUGGUGGAACGUUUGGCGAUUUAAUUCAGAUAACGUUCGAGUCCUUUGCCGUGGGAACUUUCGAAUCCUUCACAACCGACGGAUGCCCGGACGGAUUCAUCUCGAUCGCCGAGGGUCACCGCUCGAACUCUGGAGGGAAGUGGUGUGGAGGCGCUUGGGGAUACAGCGUCUACUACAGCGAAACGCCUAGCGUUAACAUGACGCUCGUGCUGAACAAGUUUUCACAACAGGAAAGCUCGGGAUACAGUUUUGAGUUCAAGCUGUCCUAUAAAUUCCUGAGACUGAGCGAUGCCAGAAUACGUUAUGGAAACGCGACAAGGAAAUCGUACAGGGGUAAGCUGGCCGUGGGCACGUACUGCGACAGGCUACUGGAGGGAUGCUCCAAGAGGUCCUGCAGGAUACAGUCGCCGAAUUAUCCCGGAAUUUACCCGAGGAAUGUCAGUUGCCAUUACAGAGUCAGGGAGCGGAACGUACCGGCUGGAAAGCACGCUCUGAUUUCGGUCAGACAGGCGAAUUUCCACUAUAAGGAGAACGUCCCUAAGUUCGAUAAUAGCGACAAAGCGUUCAGGAUAUGGGAUCAAUGCAAUAUGAUGCAGGACUACAUAGAAAUUCUGGAUGGUUGGGGACAGGGUGCCACAACUCUAGCUCAUUUAUGCAGUGGUGAAACAGUGCCGCAGAUAAUGAGCAGUGGUCCAGAAUUGAUGAUAAAGUUCCAUACCUCACCAUUCGGGAAUCCAUUUCAUCCACUACCACUAUCCUAUCUACCAGGAUUUGAACUUGAAGUUGAAGUCUUCUUCGUAAACAAGGAGUCCCCCACAUACAUAGAACACGGCAAAAGAUGCGAAUUCCUGGUCACCAGCUUCAGGAACACCACAGGCUACUUAGAAAACCCCCUCCAUUCCCUCCCACCGAACACCACCUGCAACUACCAUUUCCGUGGUCAGCCAAAGGAAGUCAUCUGGAUCUCUUUCAUCAAAUACCACGUAACCAACGAAAGACCCGACUUCAACUCUGGAGAUUGCGACGUCCAACUCCAAAUUUGGGAUGGAGACAUGAAGAACGAAAACAUCGUCCCUCUGAUAGGCCAGUUCUGCAAGGACGACAAGCCCAAGCUGUGCGACCAUUCACUUCUGAAAAAUUCAUCGAGGGAAACGAGACCCUGCGGUCUGGCUGAAAGCUAUAUAUCUUCCAGUUCUGAUUUAACUAUUUCUCAGUCCAUAAGGUACGGUAGUGUUUUAUAUCCCGUCAGCUUCGUUUUACGAUAUGAGUUUAUCGAUCUGGGCCAGGAAGGGGUUCAAGCCAGCAGGAACCCCUGCGACCGUCUGCUACGAGGACAAAACGGCAAGAUAUCAUCCCCCAGGAUAACUUUUCUUUACGGCAGAGGCGGUCAGAACGAUUUGAGUUGCACGUAUCAUUUCGAUCUGAUGGAUCACCAAAAGUUGAAAUUGACCUUCUCGAAGAUGGGCUUCGGGAAUAAAGAAUGCCGCACAGUUUACAACCCUGACAUUGAUAGAUGGACGUGCGAUGUAAGGUCGUACAACAACGGUGUUGCCAACAUAAAAAUAUCGGAGUAUCCAUGGCAGGGUGUUGAGAUAGUUAGAGGCUGCUUCUGCCAGAAUGUUUCUGAUCCAAUAAUCAUCACCACGAAGACUGCGAAAAAAAUCAAGGUUACCUUCACUGUGACCAAUAUGAUGAUACACGAGGAUUACAAGAGCUACUUCUUCGAAGGAAAUUUCGAGUUGGUAUCAACGCUCAAUGACAAAACCUGCGUAGAUGUCUGGAAAACAAGGAAGCUAAGGGGAUCAAGUGGUGAGAUAACAGUCAGAAAUACUGAUUACUAUCUAAGGAUGAGCGAGGAAAACAGAACUGCUGCAUUAUGCAGCCCACAGCCCUGGCUAAUCGAACCAGAAGAUCCCCUGAACAACUUUAUUUACCUCAAAAUAAGAGGGGUGGAGAAGGUAGACCCAAGACUGUGUCCGAGUCAGAAUAGAAUCUUAGUCUACUCUGGAGGGAAUAGCGAAGAUAUACAUAUCAUUUGUCCAUUUUAUCAGGACGCCUCAGAAGUUGUUGAAUUGUUCUCUGAAGGAUGGAGUCUGUUUAGUUUUAGAAAAAAUCACAACACACACUCUAGGAGUUUCGUUGUGGAGUUUUUACAGAGAGAGAGGGGGAAUUUUGUGAUAACGUGGAUGGAGGUUUCUAAGAAUCCAGCUUUGAGCAUUCCCAGCUCUUUGCUUAUGAUAACUCCACCAGAAUGUCCUCAUAGCUGUCCUGAACUUGGAGCUUGCAUAAGUUCUGAUCUUUGGUGUGAUGGCCUCAGACAUUGCCCUUCUGGAAACGACGAACAAGAAUCUAACUGUUCGAUGAGAGGCGGCUUCAAAAUCUCAGUGUUCAACUCCAUAGCCCUCACAGCCAUAGCUGUAGUGAUUUUUGUAACUAUAUCAGUAAUGACCUUUUAUAUAUUCAAAAAUUGGAGAAGAGAAGAGAAGAAUGUAAUCGUAACUGUCACUGAACAUACCUUCCUAGAGUUCAAAAGUGGUUUAUGUUGAUAUCUAUCAAUUUAUAGGUAAAACUCUAUAGAAUAGAAACUUAUCUAUCUUAUUUUUGUUAAUGAACAGUUGUGAUGUUUUUAGUACAAGGUUCAAUAACUAUCGACUGACAAUAUUGUAUCUGUUGUAUGCUAUCAUUAGGAAAAUGAAGUUUUUAUGGUCAAUAAAUAUUCUUGAGAUUUGU